AUGCAACGCACCGUCUAUCUAUUCGGCCACCCUAUUGCCCACUCCGUUUCGCCAGCCUUCCACAACACUAUAUUUCAGAAUGUAGGCUUGCCGUGGCGGUACAUCAGACUAGAUUCUGAGCGCACGGAGGAUUUGAAGAGUCUCAUGUGUCGGGAAGAUUUUAUCGGCGCAGCUGUCACAAUGCCCAACAAAAUAUCGACAAUGGAUCAUGUGGACAUCGUGACUCCGGAAGCGAAAUCAAUUGGAUGCAUCAACACAAUAUACACACGGCCAAAUCCGGAAGGAAGUGAAUUUGAAAAGAAACCACUCUACAUCGGUACAAACACAGACUGGAUCGGCAUCCAGCGAGCUCUCCUCGACGUGGACCCUGGCCUUCCAAAACAUCUGGCAAAGCUCCCAGCGCUGGUAAUCGGCGGAGGUGCAACUUGCAGAUCUGCAAUUUAUGCUCUUACGGAGGGACUUGGCUCUAAAUUGGUGUAUCUGGUCAAUCGCGAUCCGCAGGAGGCCAAAUUUGCUAUCAUGGCCCUGAAGCAAGAGGGUUUGCAGCAGGAAAUUCAUUACUUGGAGAGUAUCGAGGAUGCACAAUCAAUUAUGGAAAAACCUAUUGUCGUUGUCAGCGCAGUUCCUGAUAUCCUUCCCAAAUCAGAACUUGAACAUACCGCACGGAAGAUUGCGACCUCGAUUAUCCAGGCCGAGACCGGCCACACAUCUCCUCGGUUAUUUCUAGAAAUGUGCUACGAUCCGACACCUAUGACGUGGCUGGCGACUCUAGCGCAGAAAUUUGGUUGGAGUAUCAUCGAUGGACUUGAUGUCAUGGAGCAUCAGGCUAUUGAGCAAUCUGUUCUAUGGACUGAAAGACCACUUCAAAGCUUGCCCACGGAAUUGGCUAACAAGGCGAUCCGUGAAGCUCUUCGACGAUGA